AUGUCUUCCACAUCUCUCAGAAACCUUCUUCCUAGAUCAUUCUCUUCCAAGACAAAAUCAAAAUCCACUUCAAACCCUAAAUCCCCAAGUUCGGAUACCGAAAACACUCCUCCUACCGAUCCUAACAUUAUUCAGAUCAACAAUCACGAAACAUUGCCUCUCACAGCCAAACAAUCAAUCUCUAAAACCUCAAUUUCAACUCCUCUUGAAUCCGAUCCAUCAGUGAAGGUUGUAGUGCGAAUUAGACCUACCAGUAACAUUGGAAUAGGAAAUGAAACGGUUAAGAAGGUUUCUUCUGAUACCUUGUGUGUUGGGGAUAGACAAUUUAAAUUUGAUUCAGUUUUUGAUUCAAACACAAGCCAGGAAGAUAUUUUUCAGUCGGUUGGUGUUCCUUUGGUUAGAAAUGCUUUAGCUGGUUACAACACUUCAAUUCUGUCAUAUGGCCAGUCUGGAAGUGGAAAGACUUAUACAAUGUGGGGUCCUCCGAGCGCCAUGUUUGAGGAGCCUUCACCCCAAAGUCACAAAGGAAUUGUACCUCGGAUAUUUCAAAUGUUGUUUUCUGAGCUUGAAAAGGAACAGCGCAUGUCUGAGGGGAAACAGUUCAACUAUCAGUGUCGGUGUUGUUUUCUUGAGAUAUACAAUGAAGAAAUUGGGGAUUUACUUGAUCCAACCCAGCGGAACCUUGAGAUGAAGGAUGACUCCAAAAAUGCGCUGUCCUUAGAGAAUCUGAGUGAGGAAUAUGUCACUAGCUAUGAUGAUGUGACACAAAUUCUAAUUAAGGGCCUCUCUAGCAGAAAAGUUGGAGCAACAACCUUAAAUUCUAAGAGCUCUAGAUCUCAUAUCAUUUUCACUAUUGUGAUUGAGUCUUGGUGUAAGGGAGCUUCAACAAACGGUUUCAGUAGUUCAAAAAGUAGCAGAAUUAGCCUUAUUGAUCUUGCAGGACAGGACAGGAACAAAGUUGAUGGGGCAGGCAGACAAUGUCUAAGGGAAACCAAAAAUGUAAAGAAAUCUUUAUCUCAGCUUGGGCACGUAGUAGAUGCUCUGACUAAAGAAACUAGCUCAGGAAAAGCUGAUGUUCCAAACAAAAACUCCUGUUUAACACGCUUAUUACAUGAAUCCCUUGGUGGAAAUGCCAAACUCUCAGUAAUCUGUUCCAUCUACCCAGAUAACAAGAAUAAUGGUGAAACACUACGCACACUUAGAUUUGGACAGCGAGUAAGAUCCAUUCAAAAUGAGCCUGUUAUCAAUGAAAUAAAGGAGGAUGAUGUUAAUGAUUUGAGUGAUCAAAUUCGACAGCUAAAGGAGGAACUUAUUAGAGCAAAGGCUGAUGUUCGUAGCUCAGAUGGGAAUAAAAAUGGUUACUUUCAUGUACAGAAUGUACGGGAUAGCCUUAAUCAUUUGAGGGUUAGCUUAAAUCGCUCCCUACUCCUACCUAACAUUGAUAAUGAUAUUGAUGAAGAGGUGAAUGUGAGUGAGGAGGACAUAAGGCAAUUACGCGAGCAGAUUGAUGAGUUUUAUAGUUCAUGUGAAGGGAAUCCCAUAGGCAUAUCUGUCAGUGAAGAUUGUGUCCAGUAUUAUUCUGUUGAGGAAAAUUGUGAUGCAGAUAUGUCCUGUGGUGAUGAAGUUGAAAAGGGGGAUGAAUGUUUUGGAGAAUCAUUUAGCAAGCUUUGUCCCAAGGACAGUGUGGCAUCAGAUGGCACCUUGUAUGCAUCAGCCAACUACUCUUCAAGGGCUAUCAGAUCUUCAUUCACAGAUAGUAUCUCUGUCAGCUCAUCUUAUCGGUCUCCAAUGCUUCUUGAGGAACCACAACUUACUGAGUCUCCAAAAAUCAGGAAUAUACAGAGGAAGAGUGUGGCCUUUUCUUCUAGUUGUCUUAGUUCAAACAAACCGGCAGAGGAAAAUUCAAGUUCCAAUCAGGAUUUGCUGGGGAAGUCAUUUACAAAGGAUGAACUUAUGCGGUCCUCACUAAGAUCAAGCAAGGUUUUUCCAGGUCCAACCGAGUCCUUGGCAGCUAGUCUUAAGAGGGGGUUACAAAUAAUUGAUUGUCAUCAGAGGAACUCAUCAUUGAACAAAUCCUCAAAUUCCUUCUCUUUUGGGCACUUAAGCUCUGGUGAUUCUUCUGAACAAACAAUGCAACAGAAGAAAUAUUCUAUUGAUGAAAGAACUGCUACACUGCUUUGUGGUUAUUGCCGCAAAAUAAUAUUCGAUCAGGAUUCCAAUGAGGUUCAAGGUAGCUUAAAGUCAUGCAAUGAUACCACUGAAGCAGGAAAUCUGGAUGGACAGACAAAUAAGGCUACAAAAGGUCUGGAGAGUAUACUGGAGAAAGAAAUGACAAGAGAAAAGGAGCUCGAGAAUGUCUGCAAGGAGCAAGCAGCUAGAAUUGAUGAACUAAAUCAAUUGGUGGAGAAACUUAAAGGAGAAAAAGAACUAAACUUCAUCGCUGUGUUUGGUCAAGAAAAGAGCAAGCAGACUGAAAAUGCAGAAGAAGACAAUAACUCAUUGAAAGAUGAUGAAUACAAGCUUCUGAGGGCCACUUCCUCAGACAGUCAUUUAGAAGAAAAAUGUGAAAUUAAAGAAGUCCGGGAAGAAUUACCUCAAAGAAGCAUCUCUUUUGAUUCUACUGAGAAGGAAGAACUUCUCAAGGAAAUUCAGAAUCUGAGAAGCAAGCUGCAGUUAUGCAGCGAAGCACCAGUUAAAACAUCCACCGACAAACUGAGGUCUUCAUUAAUAUCAAGAUCCAUUCAAUUGCGAAAAAGUGGUGUAUUUUCUCCUAGUAAUAAUGGUGGGGAGGAGCUAGAGAAAGAAAGAGAGAGAUGGACAGAAAUGGAAAGUGAGUGGAUUUGUCUUACUGAUGAACUAAGAGUUGAUCUCGAGGCCAACCGGCAACGUGCAGAGAGGGUGGAGCAGGAAUUGAGGUUAGAGAAGAUGUGCACUGAGGAAUUAGAUGAUGCACUGAAAAGAUCAGUUCUUGGACAUGCUAGAAUGGUAGAACACUAUGUUGACCUCCAAGAAAAGUAUAACGAUUUGGUUGCAAAACACAAUGCUAUAAUGCAUGGCAUAGCCGAGGUUAAGAAGGCGGCAGCAAAGGCUGGUAAAAGGGGUCAUGCCCGCUUUGCUAAAGCUCUUGCCGCCGAGCUUUCUGCGUUGAGGGUGGAGAGGGAAAGAGAAGCAAAAUUUUUGAAAAAGGAGAACACAAGUCUCAAGAUUCAACUUAGAGACACUGCAGAAGCUGUUCAUGCGGCUGGAGAACUACUUGUCAGACUCAGAGAAGCUGAACAUGCAGCUUCUGUUGCAGAGGAUAAUUUUACAAAAGUGCAACAAGAUAAUGAAAAGCUAAAGAAGCAAAUGGAUAAACUCAAAAGAAAACACAAGAUGGAGUUGAUUACAAUGAAGCAGUACAUUGCAGAGAGCAAAUUACCAGACUCUGCGCUGAAACAGCUAUAUAGAGAGGAUUCUGAUGUGGCAAACAACAAUAAGGAUGAUGAUCAAGCAUGGAGAGCUGAAUUUGGAGCAAUCUAUCAAGAGCAUUAUUAA